AUGCUGCUGGACCCUGGGCACUGCACAUUGGCUCCCAGAGCGCAGGUGCUCAGCUCCACCAGGGAGGCAGCCAGGCAGUCGUCGACCUUCGUGUUGUUGACGCACCCCGAAAAGCUGGGGCUCGCGGACGGGCACGGGAACGUGCCCCCGGAUCCCAGCGCCGGCGGGCAGCACUGGUCGCCCGCGCACAUGCUGCUGGACCCUGGGCACUGCACAUUGGCUCCCAGAGCGCAGGUGUUCGCCGUCGUUGUUGUUGUCGUCGUCGUCGUUGUCGUCGCCAGGCAGUCGUCGACCUUCGUGUUGUUGACGCACCCCGAAAAGCUGGGGCUCGCGGACGGGCACGGGAACGUGCCCCCGGAUCCCAGCGCCGACGGGCACGGGAACGUGCCCCCCGAUCCCAACGCCGGCGGGCAGCACUGGUCGCCCGCGCACAUGCUGCUGGACCCUGGGCACUGCACAUUGGCUCCCGGAGCGCAGGUGUUCGCCGUCGUCGUCGUCGUCGUCGUCGUCGUUGUCGUGGCCAGGCAGUCGUCCCAGGCAGUCGUCGACCUUCGUGUUGUUGACGCACCCCGAAAAGCUGGGACUCGCGGACGGGCACGGGAACGUGCCGCCAGAUCCCAGCGCAGGCGGGCAGCACUGGUCGCCCGCGCACAUGCUGCUGGACCCUGGGCACUGCACAUUGGCUCCCGGAGCGCAGGUGUUCGCAGUCGUUGUCGUCGUCGUUGUCGUCGUUGUUGUCGUGGCCAGGCAGUCGUCGACCUUCGUGUUGUUGACGCACCCCGAGAAGCUGGGGCUCGCGGACGGGCACGGGAACGUGCCCCCGGAUCCCAGCGCCGGCGGGCAGCACUGGUCGCCCGCGCACAUGCUGCUGGACCCCGGGCACCGCACAUUGGCUCCCGGAGCGCAGACACCCAGCACUCCGCUCGCCUGCUGCGCCACCCUGCUCUGCAGAAGAGCGGCGCCUUCCUCCUCUCCUGGGUGGCACACGCCGCCCCUGCAGGUCUCCGCGCGAUCUCCAGCCUCGGCGGCCGCGAGGGCCAGCGAGGGCAGAAGGAGCGCAGCGAUACGGGACAUCAUGGCCGCGGGAGCUGGGGCAGGGUGGACUGA